UCUGUAGUGUGAUGGAAGGUCGUUCAAAAUACCCAAACCCAAUUUUUUUUUUUCUUCCAAAACCCCGAUUUGCGAACCUGAAUGCCAUAGCCUGCCAUGCCUCUCUCCGAGUCGUCUCACGACGCGUUUCUCCAAUCUAUUGACGACACUAUCGGAGACUUAGGUUGGGAGCUGAUCGCUACUGUUCCCAGCAAUACACUGGCCGUCAGUCACGAGACUCACAGACCGAAGAAGCGCAACUACGACCCGAACAAGGCUCGCUCUGCGCAGUUGCGCGAGCUGCAACGACUGCGUGUAGAGGCCACAGACCUCGAGUUUAAACUGCAACAGCUACAAGCUCGCUAUAAUCGCUCCCUGCCACUUCACGCACAGGAUGAAGACGAUGACUUUCCAGCGGUAUGGGAGGAAAUUUGUGUUCGACAAUUGGAACGCCGACUAAAGGCGGAACAGGAGAAUGACAGACUCAAAACGAAGUACGAAACGGAGAUGAAAAUGGUCAGGAACAUCGAGAAACUCCUAUUCAAACGAUGGUCACUACAGAAUUCCGCGUCGGAGAGUGGUAAAAGUGUUAGAAGAGUCGAGAUCCCGACAGAAUUCAUCAAACAUCUCGCCGAUCGGAUUUUCGCCGAACUGGCCAGUGGUACCGAAGUCUCGUACCAUGAGGUGGAGCAGGUUCUAGAGACCAACUACCCUUUUCCAUUGAAUAUCGAGACCCACGAGCCUCUACUGCGUGAAGGUACAAGCAUGGAACUGUUUGAUAGGAGAGUAUUACCAUUCAAUUUGCACGCUACUGGUGAGGCGUGGUGGAGACGCUGGCAGCACUAUAGAGGCCAGAGUUCUAGUGAGACUGUGGACGGUGUGGUCAAAGAGAGGUGCGGCAUCGAGAUGGGUGAUGUGAAGACGGACAAGACUGCGACGUUGUACGUACAACAGGUCCUGCGACGGCACAUGGAAGACCGUCGCGUGGUGAUUGUCUGGCAGGCGUAUUUCGAGCCAUUUACAUUUGACGAGAAACGAGUUCGUGGCGUACAAUUCUUGCUUAAGGGCUAUGUGUUGAUGAAGCCUGUUGAGAGUGAUGAAAUGGCCACACGUGUAAUGACAUGUUACAAACUCACUCCAUACUUUUCAGAACCGAAGAUGCGGAAGAAUGCCAUGAUAUCUGCUUUGACCAAGUUCGUGGUGAGUGCCACAUCGGCGAACAUUUCAACCAGCAAUGAAGCGAUGGAGAAUCUGCUAGUGGACGAAGCACUGCAAAAGUGCCGCUGAACUUGACAAAACAACAAGUUGAUGGUUAUGAAUGUACAUAUUGACAAUGUAUAUACACGAACACUACUUCAUCUACUUCUUCUGGUGGUUGACGAAGCGCAGAGCGAGUAGUGCGGCGAAACGCAGCGCCAGGAUCAUAAUAGUGUUGAUGAGCAUGUAAUAGUUAACGUCGUCGUGUCGGAUAUCAAACACGCUGUCGAGAUAUGUUCGGAUGGGAAUUCUUCCCAUAGCGUGCGGUGCGUUUUCCAGGAUCUGACAGCCUCUCGGGAACUGCGUCAUGUCCAGCGAAACACCCGUUUCCAGUGACUGGAUCACUUGAGUGUAGUCAUCAUCGGGACAAUUACCAAACAGCAACGCAGUGAAGAGCAUGAGUGAGUAGCGUUGGGGAGUGAUAGCAAAAAGCCACUUGUAGCCUUGCGGUAUGGCACUAGCCGGCGGAUUGAAGCCCAUAAAGAGAACGAAAAUGGAGUUGAAGAGUACACUCAGCAACGCUGCAACCUCCAUACUCGGCAUAGCGAACGACAGUAGUUGACCCAGGUAGAUCUGGCACAGGACGUGUAGAGUCAAGUUUAACCAGUAGAACGCGAGGUCUCCGACGUCGGUAAAGCCUGCGAGUGGCAAGCAGAUAACAGUGAAGAGCAGACUUGACACGAGUACGUACGGGAUCUCAACCAGCGCAAAACCCAGAAGAUACCAGAAAGAAUUAUACGUCUGCGAGGCACGUUCGCGGUAGAAUGACGCAAGUUGCUCCGAUGCCACUGGUACAGCGCUGUUUAGUGACACGAUGCCAAGGAAUGCUGUGGUACAGAAGAUCAUCCCGAGUCCACUGUUAACCUCCUGGUACGUCGUGUAGUCGGCGCCAACAAAUACCAGUCCGACGAGAAGUCCCAUGACAGUGUACACCACGAUACGUGUCCAAUUGUACGUCGGUACUCGCCAGUACAUGCGGAAAAAACGUUGAGUAACCAUGUAGAACUGUGUCAAGUUGCUGGCUGCGCAUUUGUUGGUGAAGGAGAGUUCAUCCUGACCAGGUACCGGCACAGUCACACUUUCUUUACUCAAGUUGUCGGUCAGCGAAGUCUUGAGUUUGCUAUCGUUGAAUAUCUGGACAAAAUCCACAUCAAUGUCCACUGAGUGGUCAACACCAGCGCCGAUGACUUCCAACAUCCAAGUAGCUGGAUUAUAUCCGUCUGAAAUCUUGGGUACUUGCGGGAUACCCUCGAAGUAGUCGAUGAGGUUACGACAACGACCACCGAGAUCGCCGAAGAAGACGGUCUCCCCACCUUUUCUAAGUAACAGUAGACAGUCGAAGAGCAUGAAGACAUCAGUGGACGGCUGGUGGAUCGUACACAAGAUGGUCCGACCGGUGUUCGCCACCUUUCGUAUUCCCUCCAUAAUAACCAUUGCAGCUCGAGCGUCCAAUCCGCUAGUAGGUUCGUCCAGGAAGAGUACACUCGACUGAGCUGCGAGUUCCAGCCCAAUAGUUAAUCGCUUCAGUUGCUCCACUGAACACCCUCGUACACAUUGAUCGGCAAUCGAGUCCAACUCGAGAAGUUCCAGACACUCCGUCACCGACUCGUACUUCUUUUCGUACGAUACAUCGCUGCCUUGACGCAAGAAUGCACUGAAUGCCAAAGCCUCCAGAAUAGUAGCCGAGUCUGUGUGGACAUCGAUCUGCUCGCAGUAGCCUGUGCAGCGUCGGAUGGUCAAGUCAGUGGCCUGGAAGCCAUUCAAUAAGAUCUGACCUCGUACUUUUCCUCCAGCUUUCCGACCAGCAAUCACGUUCAUUAGAGUCGUCUUACCAGCUCCAGCACCCAUGAGUGCUGUCAUUUUACCAGGAAGCGCGUAACCCGAGAUGCCCUUAAGCAGAUCAAUGGAUUCGCUCUUGUUUCUCGGGUUGGGGACAGUGUACCACAAGUCUUUGAACGCUAGCGUGACUGGCACGAAGUUCUUCUCUCGAGUCGACAUUGACAAAGAUAUCUCUCCAAGUAUUUUACCGUCUUCAGCCUUGGGAGUUGUGAGUUCAACGUAGUCAGUUGUAAGCUUUUUCUUCGGUGCAACGAGGUUCUUCGGCGUCUCAAAGCGGUUAUAUUCCAGUGCUCGAUACGCAAGAAACAUGAAGAGGAAAUAAAUGACGAGGUUGAAGAUCACCCCGUAAAUUAUCCAGGAUCUCUCCGUCUGGAUAUCGUAGAGAUUCAGGUAAUAUUCGCCCAUAUUCAUCCCGUAUUCAGUGCAAUAAUCAGUGCCAUUUACAGUAACCACACACUGGUUGAACUCAUCAUGACGAUACUGACAAACUGCAAGAUUGCGGAGUCCCCACGAGAUCGGAUCGAUCCAAUAGAUCCAGAUAAACCAGUCGGGAAUCUUCGUUCGUGUAACCACGAAACCUGAAAACAAAAUCGAAAUUACUAGCGAGACCAUCGCAAGUGGCUUGGCAACGUGGACAUCCACCGUGAUACAGGAGACGUAGAAGAAGAAGGCGGAGAAGGCCAAAUUGGUCAAGAACAGCAGCACCUCGAACAGAAUGUACGCUCCAGCAGUCUGCACGAAGCCACACAGCCAGUACACCAAUGUUCCGAAUACCAGACUCUCCGCCAGCGUAAUAGAGAUCUGACUCACACUCAUGGAGACCACGUAACUCGCGGUACGGUAGAAAUUGGCGCGUCGUUGCUUGUAAAAUACAUCACGAGCAGCGAAAUAUAGCGGUAGCAUGGGCGUCUGAGCUAGAGCGAGGUACAUGGUGGAGAAGAAGAGGAUGCCCAUAACCAUCUGAGCAUCUUCAAAGUUGAACUGGUAGAAGACACUCGCGUAUAGUAGACCCAUCAGUAUGAGCAGUACAGCCUUACCACGAAGAAAUGCCUUGUUCCGGACUGUCACCAGUAGCUGACGCCGCAUGAGUGUCAAGGUACCUACCCAGAAAGUCUGGUGGAAUUCUGGCAGGAGUUUUAAACACGUUUCCAUCUCUCGAAGUCUCACUGGAGAUAGAGGAGAGUACAGCUCUGUUAGCGUCGCGAUACGAAUCCCUGAGCGUGCAAACGCUUCUGCAAACUCGAUGGGUUCCUGUGGAUGAGUCUUACCGCGCAGAUCGACUUGGUAUUUGCAUUGCUCAUCAGUGCAGAGAUCCACGAGAAAGUCGGCGAUGUCACGACGUGGAGGACACACAAACCCAAGAGCUUUGAAGUAUUCAGUAACUUGUCCACGUGGACCGUGAUAGAGCACUUCGCCAUCGUUCAGAAGGAGGACGUUGUCGAAUAGAUCGAAAACUUCAGGUGAUGGUUGAAGUAGAGAAAUGACGAUUGUCUUGUGGUAUUUCUUGGCGAUGUUGCGUUGCGUGUUGAUGAUGUCGAAUGUAGCGGCACUGCCCAAGCCAGUACUGAACUCGUCCAUCAUACACACAACCUUGUUGCCAAACUCCAUCUCACCCGUUGUGAGGCGCUUCUUCUCGCCUCCAGAGAUGCCUCGUACCAUGCUGUCACCCACAAUUGUAUCCUGACAAGCCUGGAGGCCAAGCUGUUGGAUGACGAUGUGGGGAUAGUUAGUGGCGAUGGCUUGAGCUACGUGAGCAGCGUGGUUAUCUUCUGUUCCAGUGCAGACACGAUGGUCACCGCUGAAAGCGUGAGCAAACUCGAGUGUCUCGCGUACGGAGAGCGUGGGGAAGUGCUGGUCCGUCUGACCGACGUACGAGACGAGCUGCGGUAAGCGAUUUAAAACAUCUUCACGUGGCGUGCCGUUGUAGGUGAUAUCGCCCUGUAACACCACGUUCUUGGCCAUGGGGAACCGCCCACUCAGUACUUUCAUGAGUGCCGACUUGCCCGAUCCUGGUUGUCCAAGCACGAGUGUCAUGGUUCCUGGUUUGAAGACGCCGCUGAUGUUUUUCAGGAUCUCACGACGUGCCGUCGUCUUCUUGGAGCAGCAUCCGCCAUAGCGAUGCUUGACGUAGUUCGUGGUCGUCGGAAGUUCCGCAUUCUCGUCUACAUCAACUUCCACCAUGUCGACUCCUAGCGUGAGGUUCUUGAAGCGAAUCUCGACUUGCAAUGAUGUGGGUUCGUCUUGGACUGAAAGAGGUGGCAUCCUCGUUGUUGUUGAUGAUUCGUGAUGAGGAGCUUCACUGACAAGGUUAUUUGGGAAAUGAAACUGGUAGAGCUGGCAGAAUUGCAACAAGCUCAUCAGACUGACAAGUGUAAUAGUGAAGAAGUUGCAGAGCGACACGUUCGGGAUAUCCACAGAUCGAGAGCCACAAGCGCUGCGAGGGCUUCGCAGCAGGAAGUGUAACUAUUGAGCUGGUCAGGCAAGCGUACCCAUUCGCGCCGUCACAUUGUCGAUUGACGCGAUGGACUACUCGACUCGCCUCCUCCGUUUUCGCGUUUAAGGUGUCAACGACGUUUGACUCAUCGCGCGAGUAGUAAUUGUACCACAAGUAACAGAAGUGGUACGCAGAAAGAUGGCCAGAGGUCAAGUUGUCGGUACAAUUCUUAGUUUGUCAACGGUUCUAGACCACGUGCUUGUAAUCUAGAGUCAUUCUACUGCUAGAUUUUACUUGCAACUCGACAACGCGAGGGAGAACGGAGGUAAACCACAGUGCGUGAAAAUAUACUUUCAACGUAAAUUCCAUA